CCUUUAUUCAAUUCAGUAUAUGGCAAUCACAUCGUACUCCACUGCAGUGCACCCACCCUGGGCCUGAGGGGGAGGGAGUGGGCUGAAGAACUGAUGCAGAAAGUUUAGGAAGGGUCAUGAAACUGCAGAGCCAGGGUUACACAGGCAGAAACCGUUAGUCAGGAUCCAGCGACUUGAAAUUGACUCCUUUGGAAAUUGCUGUAGAACCUUUCAUGGACAUCGUCGGCCGGGACUGGGAUCUGAUGAAUCCCACAAAAGUCAACACGUGCUACAGAACAGAUGCUCUGACCGCCAAGGACUUGGUACUGAUUUAGAGAAGAGAGCAGCUCCUGGCAACAUCAACAUCUAUUUGUUGCUAAUUUUCCCUGCAAUAAUCCACCGUCCUUUCCUUCUCCCAUCCUUGUUCUAGAUAUGCCACAGAAGGAUCCGUGCCAGAAGCAAGCCUGUGAGAUACAGAAAUGUUUACAAGCCAACAACUACAUGGAAUCUAAAUGUCAGGCUGUCAUCCAAGAACUGCAGAAAUGUUGUGCUCAGUAUCCCAAGGGAAGAUCCGUCAUCUGUUCUGGGUUUGAAAAGGAAGAAGAAGUAAAGCUGACAUGACAGAAUCACAGGAGAGUCGGGUUGUGAGGUUGACUGCUGCUCCAGGGUUACACCAAGUUCUGUUCUCCUCCUGCCCCUUUCUGCAGGCCAGUGAGCAGCAAAUAACACCUGAAAAGUCCACUGUCAAAGUGAAUGGAUAUGCCAUUGAUGUAGAACAGACAAAAUACAAAUAUACUAAAAUAGAAAUGUAGACUAUAAUAAAAUAAGAUACAGAAUGUAAUAAAUUGAGCUGCUAAAAUAAACUUGUUUUCAAUGAAA